AUGAACAAGUACGAACGUGAUAGUCGAUUACGACCAACCUCGUGUUUGCAAAAAACUCUCGGUUCGUUUAAUGUGAAGAGGAUUGCGAAAGACCGGGAGUGGUCAAAGCGUUUUACGAAGACAACUUCGAAAAAUGCGUCAAGGUACUUCAUCAUAUACACAUGGUCGUUCUUAAUUGUGUUGACUCUAGAAGGUGCACCACAUUGGUUUGGUGCCGAAGUAAAUAUGAAGUCGAAGGUUGUCUCAUUUAUGGACUCCCUACACACCGCAAUGAAUGAGAAGUAUCGUGUGGAGGCUACGAAAGAAAUGUUGUCGACGUUGGACCUUUUGUUUGAGGAGAAUAGGUCGAAGAAUGUGACUUUCGUGGAUUUCAGAAUUGACAGGAAAGAUCGCGGGCUUCCUCAACAAGACAAUGACCGAGAUUGCGGAGUAUACGUCAUGAAGUACAUGGACGCUGUGGCCAAUGAGGAAGAAGUAGUUGAUGAGUUUCACCCGGUUGAGGCACGUUUGGAAAUCGCUGCGAGGAUCAUAACUGAUGAACAAAAUGAAAUUCGUACCAAAGUGGUUGAAGAUCGUAGGGCUGCACAAGGCAGCUCAUUUGCAUCGUCCUCGGCCCCUUUGCGUAGUCCGUCAAAGUCUCCACGCGAUCCUCGGUUCAGUACAGCGAAGUCUCGCAAUGCAAACAUGUUUCCCCGUCAAGAGCCUCCCCUAGGCUUCGGUCUACCAAGACUAAGAUUUCAUAUGGUGAAUAGUGUGUGA